AUGAGGCGUUCGCGCCUUUGGACUCCUCGGUCGACAUCGCCGCUCCACUCAUGUUGUUUCGCUAUCGCUCUCUCUUACUCCCUCUCUUUUUCACCCACACGCUUUCUAUUUCUUCCUCUUUCUCUCUCUCUUUUCUUCCUCUUUCUCUCUCUUUUUCCCUCUCUCUCUUUUUUGCUCCCUCUCUCUUUUUUGCUCCCUCUCUCUUUAUGCCUCUUUCUCUCUCUCUUGUUCUCCCUCUUUUUCUAUCUAGCUUUCUCUCUUUCUGACUCUUGUUUUUUCUCUUUCUCUCUCUUUCUCCCUCUCUCUUUUUUCGCUCCCUCUCUCUUUAUGCCUCUUUCUCCUUCCUUUCUCUCUCUUUUUCUCCAUCUUUCUCUAUCUAGUUUUUCUCUCUUUCUCUCUCUUGUUUUACCUCUUUUUCUCUCUUUCUCCCGCUCUCUCUUUUUGCUCCCUCUCUCUUUAUGCCUCUUUCUCCCUCCCUUUCUCUCUCUUGAUCUCCCUCUUUCUCUAUCUAGCUUUCUCUCUUUCUUUCUCGUGUUUUUCCUCUUUCUCUCUCUUUCUCCCUCUCUCUCUCUCUUUGCUUCCUCUCUCUUAUGUCUCUUUCUCUCUCCCUUUCUCUCUCUUUUUCUCCCUCUUUCUCUAUCUAGCUUUCUCUCUUUCUCUCUCUCUUCUCCCUCUUUCUCUCUAUUUCUCCCUCUCGCUCUCUUUUUGCCCCCUCUCUCUUUAUGCCUGUUUCUCUCUCCUUUUCUCUCUUUUUUCUCCCUCUUUCUCUAUCUAGCUUUCUCUUUUUCUCUCUCGUGUUUUUCCUCUUUCUGUUUCUUUCUCCCUCUCUUUCUCUCGCUCUUUUCCUCCCUGUUUUACAUUCCCUUUCUCUCACGCUUUCUCUCUUUUUCUCACGCUUUCUCCUCUUUCUCUCUCUUUAUACCUCUCUUUAUCUCCUUCUUUUUCCCCCCUCACUCUUUCUCUCGAUUUUUCUCUCUUUCUCUCUCUCUCGUUCUACAUUUUCACUAUCGCAUUCUUUUGCUUCAUACAUUUCUCUUUACUGAUUUUCUCUUUAACACUCACUUUCACUUUCACUUUCUCUCUCUCUCUCUCUCUCUCUCUCUCUUGUUCAGCAGCAAACUCUUGCUCAUUUUUCAUACCUCUCUCUCUCUCUUAUUUUCCGUCUCCUUCCACUUCUCUUUCUCAUUUACUCCUUAUGCCUUUAUCUUCAUUUGA